GUGAGCGGGAGCUCUUUGGAGGCCGCGUGUUCCGGGAGGACCCGAGCGGCUUCGGCCCCCGACCUGGCGGCGCGUGCGCAGUGGCCUUCUGCUGAUGCCGGCGGCGGCGACGACGACGAGCGCUCGGUCUGCUCUCUGGCGCAGCCAUGGCCGGGGCGCGGGGCUGGCACUGCGCGGGGGCCGGCAAGAGGCUCUCGGUCGAGGGCAACAUCGGUAACCGGGCUGCGUGCGGGGAGGUUCCAGAGCAGCGGGCGCCUAGCUGUGGGGAAGUCCACGUUUGUGAGGUUACUCAGGAAAGCUUUCCCAGAAUGGCAUAUGACUGCAGAGCCGGUCUCCAAAUGGCAGAAGGUUGAGGCCGCGGGGCACCAUCCAGAGGCCCUGCCUUCUCAGAGCACGGGGAACUUGCUGCAGAUGGUCUACCGGGAGCCUUCGCGGUGGUCCUACACCUUCCAGACGUACUCGUGUCUGAGUCGGCUCAAGGCCCAGCUGGCACCUCUGCCCGCCCGGGCCCUGAAGGUGCAGGAGCCUGUGCAGAUAUUCGAGCGAUCCGUCUACAGUGACCGAUACGUCUUUGCAAAAAACCUCUUUGAAAUUGGCCACCUGGCGGAGAUCGAGUGGGUCAUCUACCAGGACUGGCACACCUUCCUCCUGCAAGCAUUUGGAGACCAGCUGGGCCUUCACGGCUUCCUCUACCUCCGGGCGCCUCCUGAGGUCUGCCUGGAGAGAUUGCACCGGAGAGCCAGGCCUGAAGAGAAGGAGGUCCAGUUGCGAUACCUGGAGCAGCUCCACGCCCAGCAUGAAAACUGGCUCAUGAAGAAAAGCACUGAGAUCCACUUUGAAAACAUCAGAAAUGCUCCUGUCUUGUUGCUGAAUGUCACAAAGGACUUUGAGAAUGACUCCAGGGAGCAAGGGAAGCUUGUGAGUCAGGUGAAGACGUUUCUCAAGACCCUUUCGUCUGACCCUUUGCCUUCUGCCUCUGCAGCCACUUGCUAGCUGAGGAGCUUGUUCCACCAGCACGUGGCUCUGGCUCCCAAACCGUGGAAAGGACGCGUCAUGGACAGAUGGCUCCCAAGUGACCCUAACCCUUCUCACACUUAAUCCUGGAAGGCUGAAGUCAGCUGGAGAGCCACAUCCAAGCUGGCCAGAGAUGUCCCUGCGUCCCUAGAACGAAGAGUCCUGUCUGGGUGCUGCCGGGAAAAGGCUCCCUGUCUCUGGUACCAGGACCGUCCCAGCGUGGAGACCCAGCAGGUGAAGGGCGGGACUGGAGGACGUGCUUCCCCGUGGGCUGGGCUGGUUCCGAGGCAGCCCACAUCCCCCCCCAGACUGGGCCCUGCUGGAGCAGAAAGCAACUCGGGAGCUCCUCGGUCUUGGCGUGUGCUUGGCUGGGUGGGAGACUGAAGGCACUUGAAUGGACGUGGACCUGGGGCCGACCCCGUCUUACUCACCCCCGGCACCACUGGCCAUGGCGCUUCCUCUGCUCUGGGUCUGUCCCCCACAGGAAGCUGCUGCUGCUGCUGCUGGAAUCUCUGACUGCGUUCCCUGCUGCCUCCUGGGGCUUGAGAUGCUGUGGCAGACUCUCUCGCGCCCUUCAUCACCCUUGCCGCUCUGCCGUUCCUCCCUCCCCCUCCUCCUGUGCUUCUGUGCCCACUCCUCAUCCCCGGACUGGCCUAGAAAUGGCCCGGAGCUGCAGGCCAGUCUAGCAGUGCCUGGCUUCUGCCUGCCUGCACCAUGUUCUGUGUGCUGAAGCCUCCGACUUGGGGGAGCAGAUAGAGAUGAGAGAUGAGCACGCAAUUAUUUCCAGGACCAUCCCAGAGAUCUGGAGUCUGUCCGAAGUUGUAGAGUCCGUGUGGUUCCCCCCUAUGGUUGCUUUGAAGUUGUGCAGCGAUUCCCAACUUAGGGUCCCCAGAGGUUGUUGGACUACAGUGGCCCAGGCAGCUGUUACUGGGGGUGAUGGAAGUUGUAGUCCAACAACCUCUGGGGACCCAGGGAUGGGGGCUCUUGUCCUAAUGCAACUGUCUGGUGGAGCUGAAAGAAGUGGCUGGCGUGGAAUUUGGAAGGGCCCUGCCUGGCAAAGCUUUGUGCACAUUGUGUCUGGUUAGGGCCAGGUGCUUGCAGAACAAUCUGGAUUAUGAAUGGUAUCCUUUGGAGUGAAGUCAAGACUUCAGAGUCCUGUGGGGUUGCUGCCUCCUCCGUGGUAGUUUCCAUGUGAACAUAUUGCGCGUCUUUAAGCAUGUAAGCAAAAGGCAGGCGUUUCUUGGAGCCCGGUCAAAGCAGAGUCUGCAGCCGCGCAGGCUUGAGGUCAGGGCAAACCGAUCCUGAAAUGAAUCUGGUUCUCUUGCGCAGGAGCCCCCGUCCUGCUCAAGGGGGUGCCAUCUGCUGUAUCGUAGUGUGCAAAUAGACUCUUAAAAGAUUCAGUGCACAGGUAAACUUUGUAGAUGCGGAUCCCUCCUAAAUUAUGUAAGUCUGUAUUUAAAUGAAUAAAACAAAUCGAUUUGAA